AACGAGACCAGAUCCAUUCUGUUACUGCAGAGUACGAUAUGAAGAGUGUUGGGGUGUGUUUGUUGAUUUUUGUUUUAUUGCAAGUGGUGUGUUGUGAAGGGUGUUGGAAGGAAGAGAGAAAAGCUCUUUUGGCCCUAAAUUACCGUUUCGGCCUCCCUUUGUCUUGGCACUGGGACGGCCCAGACUGUUGUCAAUGGGAAGGAGUUGAGUGUAACUCCUCCACAGGGAGAGUCACCAAACUCAAUCUUUAUCAAGACCUCAGGAAUAAUGUUAAUGCCUUUCUAAACUAUUCGGAUUUUAUUGUCUUCAAAGAUUUGAAGAGUCUCAACUUGUCAUCUACUGGGAUAAUUGGUUGUGGAGACAAUGAAGGGUUAGGAAAUCUGGAAGUUCUUGACUUGAGCUACAAUUCUCUGAAUAAAGCUGCUAGCUUUCUAUUUUGUUUGAAUGGGCUUUCAUCUCUUAAGUCUCUAUAUAUAUCAAAUAACUGGUUCCACGCAACAUUCAACGUUUUUGAAAUUUUGUCAUCAAAGUUGCUUAAUUUGGAGGUCCUUGACAUAAGUUACAACUCUUUGACUAAUGACAUACUGCCAUCCCUUGAGGGAUUCACAUCAUUGAAGGAACUGUAUUUGGCUGCAAGUCAAUUGAACUCAGAUAUUCAUAUUCAAGGUUUAUGCUCCAAGUUGAAGAAUCUUGAGGUCCUUGACUUGUCCAACAACAACUUCAACAAUAGUGAUAUUGGAUCUGCUCUUAGUGGGCUUUCAUCCCUCAAGUCUUUAAAUUUAGGAUAUAGUCGACUGACUCCAAGAUCAAUUUUUAAUAUUACAAAACUAAGGUCUCUGGAGAUCCUGGACUUAGCUGGGAACCAGUUGAAUGAGAGUAUCUUGUGGUAUUCAGAGAAGAAUGAGGGAUUUUCAUGGCCAACCAAUUUAGAAGUCCUGGGGUUGAGUUCAAACAGUUUCACCAACAAAUCUCUUUCAUUUCUCAGUGGGCUUGGAAGUCUUAAAUCUCUUUAUUUAAAUGACAAUCUAUUAGAAGGAUCAGUAGAUAUAAGUGGGUUAUUGGCUUUAACCAGUUUGGAGAUUCUCGAUCUAUAUUAUAACCAAAUCAACAGUUUUGUUAACCAUCAAGAUAACAAUAUGAUAAAUGGGAGCAAAUUUAGGGAAUCACUACGAGCUUUCUCAUCUGUGAGGGUGCUUUCUAUGAGCGGGAAUGAAAUUAUAGGAAAAGUUAUUGCUGGAGAUUUUUGUGAUUUAAGUAACCUAGACCACUUAGCAUUGAACGAAAACUAUAACUUGGAAAAUGAGUUUUUCAAAAGUAUUGGGGAAUUGACCUCUUUGAAAGUUCUGUCUCUUUCCGGAUGUGUAAUAAACGGCACCCUUCCUCCGGCUGAGUGGUCAAAGUUGAAGUUGGAAGAGCUAGAUCUAAGCUAUAAUGAAUUUGGAGGACCACUUCCGUCAUCUUUUGUUAACAUGAAAUCUCUUCGAAUGUUGGAACUUUCUCACAAUCACUUCACCGGACAAUUUGAUUCUAAUGUUGCAAGCUUUACGUCACUUGAAUAUUUUGGUUUUAUAGGAAAUCAAUUUGAGGUCCCUAUUUCAUUCAUAUCAUUUGCCAAUCAUUCAAACCUCAAAUUCAUCUAUGGAGAAGGAAACAAAGUCAUACUAGACUCACAACCUAGUUUUCAUACUUGGGUUCCCAAAUUUCAAUUGCAAGUGCUUAGUUUGUCUUCAACAACAGAUACUAAUUCUCUUCCCCUCCCCAAAUUUCUUCUCUACCAAAACAACUUGACUAGUGUAGAUUUCACUAGUUGUAGGUUGGAAGGAGAGUUUCCUCACUGGUUGUUGGAAAAUAACACGAAACUAACUGAGCUUCUUAUUAGAAAUUGCUCUUUUAAAGGUCUUUUCCAGCUACCAUCGCAUCCCCUUCCUAGCAUAAGGAAAAUAGAUGUGUCUGACAAUAACAUAAGUGGUCAAAUCCCUAGCCAUAAUAUUAGAUUGAUUUUACAAAAUUUGCAAUUUCUGAACUUGUCUGGAAACCACAUCCAAGGUUUCAUUCCUCGUGAAUUUGGCCAAAUGAACUUAUUAGAUACAUUGGAUCUCUCAAAUAAUAAUUUGUCAGGAGAAAUUCCAAAGAACAUAUCUGGGGAUAGGUCUUUGCUCAAAAUCUUGAAACUUUCGAACAAUAAACUAUAUGGACCUGUGUUUCCAACUUUGAAGUACUUGGAGGAACUAUAUUUGGAUGGAAAUAGCUUAUAUGGUAAUAUACCAAGUAGUUUAUUCAAUUCAUCUCUAAUAAACUUGGAUAUAAGCGAUAAUGAUUUAGUGGGGAAGCUACCAAGCAUGGUAGGAAAUCGGUCAAACUUGGAGACACUUUCAUUGUCCAACAAUCAUCUUAAAGGAUCAAUUUCGAGGAGACUUGUUGUGGAACUCAAAAGUCUAGUGUAUUUAGAUAUCUCACACAAUAUUUUGACAGGUAUUGUUCCAUCUUUUAUCAAUUCUCUAGUGAGUUACAUUCAUUUGAGCAACAAUAGGUUAAGUGGCUUGUCCAAAAGAAUGUUCAACAAUAUCUCUAACAUAGUGAUACUAGAUCUUAGCUACAAUGAAAUAACUGAUCGCAUUCAAGACAUGAUACAAGAUGUUGCUCAUGUAAGCAUGGACAUACUCAUUAUGAAAUUUAACUACUUCACAGGGUAUUUACCAAAGCAGUUAUGCCAAUUGGUAGAUAUAAGUAUAUUGGACCUCUCUUAUAACAAUUUUUAUGGUGCAAUACCCAAUUGCUUGGGUAAUGUACCUUUUAAUGAGAAUGAGGAGGGACUAAUGGGUUUUGUUCACGGUGUUUUCAAUCAAGAAAAUAACAAAAGGAUGGUAACAAUUAUAUCAGGUAUAGAAGAGAAAGCAAACUUCACUACAAAACAAAGAUCCUACACUUAUACAGGGAACAUCCUUGCUUAUAUGUCUGGAAUUGAUUUAUCCUACAACAAACUAAAUGGGAGUAUUCCAUCUGAACUUGGAAACUUGACAAGAGUUCGAGCAUUGAACUUGUCUCAUAAUGAUUUGACUGGACAAAUUCCAGCUACGCUCUCCAAUUUAGUACAAAUAGAGAGUUUAGAUCUUUCUUUUAACAUGUUGAGUGACCAAAUUCCUCCUGAGCUGAGUAGGUUAACCUCGAUUGAAGUAUUUAGUGUGGCACACAACAACUUAUCAGGUGAAACACCCGAAAGGAAAGGCCAAUUUAUUACCUUUGAUGAAAGUAGCUACGAGGGAAAUCCUCUUCUUUGUGGGCCUCCACUUCCAAAAAGUUGUUAUCCUUAUGGAAAACCACCUACCAUUUUUCCAAAUGGCUCUAACAUUGAUGAGGAUAAUGCCAAUUUAGUUGACAUGUAUGUUUUUUGGGUAAGUUUUGUUGUGUCUGACACAUCAGUGUUGCUGAUAAUUGCAGUGAUUCUCUACAUUAAUGCGUAUUGGAGACAAACAUGGUUUUACUAUAUGGAACAAGUCAUCUCAAAAUGUUAUUUCUUUAUCGAGGACAACUUGUGUAGGUUUUCAACUUUUACAAAUAUGUAACACAUAUUACCUUGUAUGCCUAGGAUAUCAACUUGUUUGCUUAAGAGUGAUUUUGUGAAUAAUUCCUACAAGUGUUGCUUAUAUA